AUGGCACCCGCUAUCACCCUUGACCACACCCUUCCACCUGUGGUUCCCGAAUCAAAUCAAACACCCGCGACCGCACCAACAAAUACCCUAUUCUCUUUGGCUGGUCGCACAGUCGUGAUAACCGGCGGUGGCCGCGGUCUCAGGAAUGACCCUGACAACCGCCAGGAAUGGAUUGCCGUACAGAAACUCGCUACAUCGAAGGGCCUCCAGGCGACGUACACGAGAUGCGAUAUUACCGAUGAGGAAGCCACAAAGGGUCUAUUAGAGAAUAUCGCAGAGGAAAGCAAGGCGCGCAAUAUGCCGUUGCGCGGUCUUAUUACCUGUGCUGGAAUUCAGCAGAUGGUUCCUGCGCUUGAUUAUCCUGUCGAUGGGUAUCGGAAGAUGCUGGAUGUGAAUGUUCUUGGAACGUUUAUCCCUGCUAAGCAUUUCUCGCGGAUUUUGGUUGAGCAGAAGACUCCUGGAAGCAUUGUUAUGAUUGCGUCCAUGUCGGGUCAGAUCGCUAACCGAGGCUUGACUUGCACCGCUUAUAACUCUUCCAAGGCUGCCGUCCAUCAGAUGUGUCGAUCCGUCGCUCAAGAAUGGGGCCAGUACAACAUCCGUGUUAACACACUUUCUGCGGGAUACAUUCGCACUGCUAUGACAGAUGCCUUGCUUAAGGAGAAGCCCGAGGUCGAGGAGACCUGGAUGUGUGGUGCUUUGCUGGGUCGUCUGGGUGCUCCUGAAGAUUUCAAGGGUCCUACUAUCUACAUGCUUACCGAUGCUAGUGCCUGGAUGACGGGUGCUGAUCUUCGAGUGGAUGGUGGUCACUGUGCUUCAGCUUAA